AUGGAUGAAGCAAUAGGGAGCAGGCCGUCUGUGGAGCCGCCUGUUCUCUUUGCUUUGUCCAACCUGGAAGUGGCAAGGGCCUCACCCCCUCCUGUGGUGACACACCGGACAAGGGUUCCUCUUCAGCCGAGGCGCCGUGUAGACACAUUGGAGAUUUUGAAUGCCUUGAAGGAGAAUGAGAGGCAGUGUGACGAGGUGAGCCUGAUUAGGUUUCUCCAGAGUCUGACUGCUCUCAAUAAGUUCAUUGUACCCCACAAACACAUCCAGGAACUUCCCCACAUUAUCGCAGAUUGCCUGCGGCUGGCUCUAAAAGAGCUUCCUGUUGAAAUAACAGCCAGCAUCUUGGGCAGGAGGCUUCACCCUGAUGAGGCAGCCAUCGAUGGCACCAACCACACGGUUGAAGGCUGCAGAUCUAGCCAGACGGGCAAAGCGACCCCCGAGGCGAGGGAGCUCUUCUGUGGUGGGGAUGUCGAACCACCAGAUACAGACUCGGGAGUUUACAAGCCUCUUUACUUCUUGUUGGUGUUUGUCCUUUACAUCCUCAUUAUUGUAGUCAACUUAACUUUGAUCUUUAUUGUGACAGUGGAUAAAAGCCUCCAUGAGCCCAUGUACAUUUUCAUCUGUCAUCUGUGUGCAAAUGGACUCUACGGGACUGUUGGUUUUUACCCCAAAUUUUUGCUGGACUUGCAAUCUGAUGUUCACAUGAUAAGCUACAGUUGGUGCUUGAUUCAAACGUAUGUGAUUUACAGCUCUGCACUGUGUGAAAUGACAGUUUUAACAGUGAUGUCUUAUGAUCGUUACGUGGCUAUUUGCAGACCACUGCAAUACCACAACAUUUUGACUCCACAUGCUGUGCUAAAGUUGCUUGUAUUAGCCUGGUCCUACCCUCUUUUGUCGUCAGCAAUAGUUAUUCUCCUUACCUCUAGAAUACCCAUAUGUGGAUCACACAUACAUAAACUCUUCUGUGACAAUCCUUCAAUGUUAUUGUUGGGGUGUUAUCGUGCAAUAGCCAACCAGGUGUGGAGUAUGGUGGUUAUUUCAGUGUAUCUUAUACAGUUUGUCUUAACUUUAGUUUCAUACGCUCAUAUUGUCAAAGUUUGUUUAUCAUCCAGUGAGGGUAGAGCAAAGUUCAGUAAAACAUGUGUACCUCAUAUAAUGGUUAUGGUUAUAUAUAGUGUGACUGCACUGUUUGAUGUAUUUAACAGCUGGGGUGGUUCAGUAAAUCUUACAAUUGUUGUGCGUAAUGCAUUGGCUAUACAAUUUCUGAUUCUCCCCCCACUAUUGAACCCUUUAAUUUAUGGCCUCCAACUUCCACAGAUUCGAAAAAGUCCAACCCAACAUCAGCCGUUUCUCUGUGGCAUCAAUAAUCCGAAGAUUCAGACUAAAGAACAGGUAAUAAUUGCAAGACUGCCAGGCGGUGGUGGAAGGGCCCCAAUGUUCAAUCAUCAGCAAGAGGGCAUGAUACUUGAUGUGGUCAUUCAAAACAACACCAUUAGACUCAACAACGAGUGA